UUACCGGAGUUCUUCCGGAGAUAGUUUCUUGUAGCGUGUCCAGAUGCUAUGUUGGAUGUUGUAAGUAAUAGUUCGCGAAUUUUCUGUUUUUAUAGCUAGCAUGCUAGCUAAGGAGAGACAAUCGUCCGUGACAUCACGAGAUUUAUGACUGCGUUCUAUAAUUUAGGCAGACGCAUGACCACAAUGGACAGUGUGCGCUGGGCAUUUCGGUGCGGUUCGUGGACUCCAUGUCCUACAGAGUGGUUGUUCGCCGCGCGCUGCGUGCAGAGCGAGGAGAAGGAACGAAUCGGAAAGUUCGUUUUUGCAAAAGAUGCUAAAUUAGCUAUGGCUGGCCGUCUACUUAUGAGAAAGCUAAUCUCGGAGCGGAUGGGGAUCUCCUGGGAUCAUAUCCGUCUGGAGAGAACAGCCAAAGGGAAGCCCUUCUUAGUCAAUCCACCCUCCAGUGAGCUCCAUAGGUGGAACUUUAAUGUCUCUCAUCAGGGAGACUUUGCAGUCUUGGCUGCAGAGCAGGGCUGGCUGGUGGGAGUGGACGUGACGAAGACCGCUAUGCCAGGUAGUAGCAGCGUGUCCGAGUUUUUUCGGAUCAUGAGAAGACAGUUCACUGACCACGAGUGGACGACCAUCAGAGCUUCAGGACCCGAGUGGGCACAGCUGGACACGUUCCACCGACAUUGGGCCCUGAAGGAGAGCUUCAUAAAGGCGACUGGAACAGGACUCGGGUUCGACCUGCAGAGGGUGGAGUUCCACAUCUCCCCUGUGCAGAUGCAGGAAGGUCAGGUGUUCAGAGGGACCAGGAUGCUUCUUGAUUCUGAGGAGGAAGAGGACUGGUUGUUUGAGGAGUGCCUGCUGGAUGAACACCACCACGUAGCUGUAGCACUGGGGAGGCCGGACAGCAGCACGGGUGACGAUGACCGGCCGGCCUUCCCCUGCGACUCGCCUUCCGCGUUCACCCUGCUCAGUUUCAGCGACCUCGUCUCGGGAGCCGCGCCCCUCGCCGAGGAAGACGCCUCCUACUGGGAGAGCUUUCGGAGGAAGCCGGAGGCACCGUCCCGCCAGAGCGCCCAGCCCCGAGUCCUCGUGUCAUCCUGCGAAACCCGGACACGUGAUACCUUGGCUGGCAAAUCACAUUAAACCCCACUUCCCUACUUGACAGUUUACUGUAAAUGUGGAUGUUUUUGUGCUGUCUGCAUGAGGUUCACACUUAUAAAUAUUGUAUACGAAUGCAGUAUAGUAUACAGUAUAUACGCAGUAAAAGUAUUUACGCAGUAAAAGUAUUUAUUACGGAAGAAACAUCCAAGCUGUGAACCAGUUUAGUUCAUUCACCCCACCAGUUCUGUUCUCCUCUGCUGUUGAGGCGGGUGCUCUUCGGUUGAACCUAACACAGAGCACAAUAGUCAUUUAUGUGGUGUGAACGUCUCUUACAGGCUGCAGAAGAAAAAUAACCUCUUCAUUAAAAUGAUAUUUUUCAAGAGGAGGAUU